AUGGAGGUGGUCCUGCUCCAUGGGCUGCUGCUCCUCCUCCCCUUGGCAGCCCUCCUGCUUUACUGGUACAAUGCCACCUUCCACUACUUCUGCAAGGUUGCCUUCUUCAACUGCUGGAUCUUGGCUGUGGCCACCCUCCUCUCCCCCUUUGCGGCUUUUCGGGGACGCUCUCCAGAGAACAUGAAGCUCGUGCGUGCUGCCAUCCAGCCCCUCAAAUACUUCUAUGGCAUCAAGAUGCAGGUGCGAGGCUCUGAGCAUCUGGACAUCAAGGAGCCCUACGUGAUAGUGUGUAACCACCAAGCUUCCCUUGACCUCAUGGGCAUGGCAGAGUUCAUUCCUGACCACUGUGUGCCCAUCGUCAAGAAGGAGCUGCUGUACCUGGGCACUGUGGGGUGGGCCUGCUGGCUCAGCGGCAUGAUCUUCAUCAACCGCCACAAAAGAGAAGAUGCCAUCAAUGUCAUCUCCCAGACGGCCAGGACCAUGCGGCGUGAGAAUCUCCGAGUGCUGAUUUUCCCUGAAGGCACCAGGAACCAGGAAAAGUCCAUGCUGCCCUUCAAGCGUGGGGCUUUCCACUUGGCCGUGCAGGCUCAGGUUCCAAUAUUGCCUGUUGUGAUCUCCCCGUACCGGGAUUUCUUCAGCUCCAAGGAUAAGAAAUUCACCUCUGGGAUGUGCACCAUCCAAGUCCUCCCCAAGGUAGAAACUCGGGGCCUGAGCCCAAAGGAUGUCCCUGAACUGACAGAGACUGUCCGCCAGCGCAUGGCUGAAGUCCUGGCCGAGAUGUCUGCAAGUCACUGUGGGGACCAGCGUGCUGGGGCCAGUGCUGGCAGGGGGACAGGCAGCCUGCAGCAUCAGGAGGACACAACCCCAACCAGAAAUUAG